CGGGCAGUUAGCCUUUUUGAGUUCUGGAUUCCGCCCCCGGAGGGUGCCCGGAGGGGGGGAAACUACUAGUCCGUUUUGGCUGAGCAUGGAGGAGGAUCUAAUAAAAGGGGAAAAGGGAACCCUCGGUCUCUCUCGCUUUCUGUCUCUUUCUCGCUCUGUCUCCAUCAUCCAGCGUGUCGCAAAAUGUCCAACGAGAACUCGACCACCAGCAAAGAGCAUCAUGUGUACAAUGUCAUUGUUGUCGGUGCGGGCAUCGCCGGUCUCACGGCGGCUAGAAAGUGCAUACAGGCCGGCCUAAAGGUCUUGGUCCUCGAAGCUCGCGACAGAGUCGGUGGCCGCACGCUCUCCAAACCUAUCAAUGACACUACUACUCCGCCUUACAGCAUCGACCUCGGAGGAAUGUGGAUCAACCCAGAAACACAACCGCUCAUCACGGCCAUCGUCUCUGAAUUCAACCUCACCCCGUUUCCUCAACACCACUCAGGAAAAACCCUCAUCGAACUCAAAUCCGGCAACGUUGCCUCGUACGAGGGAGACAUCCCUUCCAUAUCCAUCCCUUCUUUGCUCGAUGUUCAGUGGGCCAUCUUGAAGCUGGAGAAAAUGGCAACAAAAGUCCCGCUCGAUGAUCCGACCGCGUGUGUCGACAGCUACGAGUGGGAUGCCGUCACACUGGCAGAGUGGAUGCGGAGAAACCUGUGGACCUCCCAGGCCCGCCAAAUGUUCGACAUGGCUACCCGUGCCGUGCUCGGUGUCGACCCGGAAAACAUUUCCUUGUUGUGGUUCCUCUUUUACUGCCAUUCCGGUAAAGGUCUCCGGUCACUGCUGGAAGUCCAAGGCGCCCAAAAGAUGCGCAUCACACAAGGCGCUCAGAGCAUCUCCAAUAACCUCGCCGCAGCGCUGCCAAAGGGGACCGUCCUCUUAGACUCCCCCGUGCAUGCCAUCGUCUCCUCCUCGUCUUCCACUCGUGUAUUCACAAGAUCCAGCUCCCAACCCUAUCAUGCCCAAACCGUCAUCCUGGCCCUCCCACCUCCUCAACUCGCCUCAUUGACCUUCACUCCGCCCCUGCCCCCUUCCAAAACCCAUUUUCUCCAGAAAGCCUCGACAAUGGGCUGUUUUACCAAAAUGAUUUGUCGCUACGAGUCUGCAUUCUGGCGCGAUCUUGGUCUCAGCGGAGAAAUGGUAUCUCAUGUUGGCCCCGUCUCCCUCGUAUUUGAUUCCUCCAACGAUGACGGAAGCGUGCCGUGCAUGACUGCUUUUGUCACGUCUGCCCAGGGUCGUGUGUGGGCUGACGGAGACGAGGAUAGCAGGAGACAACAGGUGUUGCAGCAUUUAUAUAGACUAGUGGGAGAUGAGCGAGUGCUGAAGCCCGUCGAGGUUGUUGAAAUGGACUGGGGAAAGGAGCUUUAUAGUGGCGGGUGUCCGGUGGCAUCCUUGACGACCGGCGUGCUGACAAGCCACGGGACUGAAUCCCGUCGUCCGGUGGGCAACAUUCAUUUUGCGGGUACAGAAACCGCAACCGAGUGGUGCGGCUACAUGGACGGUGCAGUACAAUCGGGCCACCGAGCCGCAGACGAGGUGAUCGCGAAACUCCAAGGAAAGGUCUUUGCGCUGGUGUCUCCUAGGAAGGUCGGGAAACGAUAUGAUGCAGAAACCAGCGGCUGGUGGAUGAUCGGUGCGGUUCUUGGUGCUGUUGCUGGGAGUUGGAUCAUGUUCUUCCAGAAUGGAAACCGCGGGCUGUUUCAAGCUUGAUGGGUGUGAUUUACUGUUGCAGUAGGAGAUUCUGGGUUAGGGUUAGGGUUUACAAAGGUGUUCCCAUGUGGGUAAAAAUUUUCAAGUAUUCAGAAUUGAAAGUGACCUUAAUAAGAGUUGUUGGCCACGGUCUAAAACACACA